AAUGUACCGGAAGUCUUAUCUUUUAGGCCACGACGACGAGACGACGACGAGGCCCAUGCUGUAAAUGGACUGCUACUCGAGCAUCGUAGUGACCUAUUCGAUUUUAUAGAUUAGUUGAUACGUAGAAAAAAAGUUAAUUAAUGUUUCCUCUUUCAGCGAUGAGGGAAGCGUCAAUAGAUUUAAAAAAUUAAAACUAAUGAUAAAAUUACUGUCUCAGAUACUGGUAUAGUUCUUGCAAAGUACGACAGCGCGCCGCCCUUAUUUGUGUGAGUGACCAAUCUGUAUACGCGUCAAUGUAGGCCAGUGAUUCUCAACCUUUUUUUUGUUGCGGCACAUAUUUAACGAUUUCAAAAUUUGGCGGCACACAAAAAAAAAAGAUAAAAAUUAUUUGCUUACUGCAACACACUGCAUAAAUAGAUUAUCAAAAAAAUUUUAUAUACGAAAUAAACUAAAAUAUACUAUAAUUCUUUUUUGUGGGCUUAAAUAUAUAUUCAUGUUUAAAAUAUUUUUCUUUUAAAAUGAUAUAAUUUAAUAAUAUUAACAUUAUUAUAAUUAAUUAUAUUCUCAAAAUUUGGCGGCACACAAAAGUGCCGCGGAACAGUGGUUGAGAAUCACUGAUGUAGGCUAUAGGUAGCUUUUUUCCUACAUAUGCUGAUAGCCUUGAGAGGCUAUUUCAGCUCGCCUUGACGUGUAGGUGAGGUCACGGGGCUCAAACCGGAGUGUUGCUAACACUGGCCUUAGCAAGAGCAGUGCUUCGCAGAAUCUACCACCGGAUCUGAAACGCAACCAACUAAGAAGAUCCGGCGAGAAACUCAGUGGGCUGUGUCUAUGGGUUAAUUUACUCGUCGAGCCCUUCGUCGCAAGCGAAGGGUAUAAGCGCCGUUAGUGGAUCGGGAGGAUCCGUAAUGACGUGCUUAGAGCGACGUGGACUGUUUACCAUUCGGUCCAGAGGAUCGAGUAUGCUGUAGCUAAUGUAGCUACUGACCACUCCGUCGGUACACAUUCUAACGAAAAUGUGUAUUUACGAUUACAACUACAAAUAAAGACCACGCGCGCUGGUACUUUGCAAAAACUAUUGUACGACAUAACGACGUAACGUAACGUAACGACGUAAGAUCGGAAAAGAAUGAACGUGAGUUUUUGGAAAUGCAAAAUAAAAUCGGCAUUGUGAAAUACUCGAGCGUUUCAGAUUAUAAUAGAAGAUAAAACUAUAGAAAGUUAUUUAGAAAAUAAGAUUAUAGAAAGUUCAGCGUAAGAACCUUUUAAUUUAUGAUUGCUUAAAAACCGACGUUUUUUGAAGAGUAAUCUGGCAGCUAGAUUAUUUUUGUGUUAAAUAAUAAUAAUAAAUAUUAAACACAAUUUUUUAUUCGUAAAACCAAUUUUAAAGAACAAGAAAGCCGAGUGCAUAGAACAGUACGCGUUGUAUACUACAGCUGCACGUUCACAUCUGAAUUGUGGUAAUCGGUAGAUUACAUAUUUUUUGCUAUCUGUGCAAUUGGUUCUUGUAAAGAAUAAAAAAAAGAACGCUCGAGAACAUCAAAAGAGUAUCAACUUUUUUGUUGUAUCAUCUAUAUAAUCUUCCCACUCCAUUACGUCUAAACGCAUUUUACACACAUUUUAAAUUCUUAUUUAACAUAAAUUUCCUUAAUCUGACGUGGUUUAGUAUUUCUGACGAUUGAAUCUUUUACUAAUCUGAUAGGCUACACUAGACGUACAGUCCUACAUUUUAGAACUUAAAGAAACAUUACACUUACAGAACACUUAAAGAAACAUAGAAACAUUUUAGAACUUUAAAGUAACGGUACUUGGCGGAAUGCAAGGUAUCUUCGUUUUAGUUAAUCUACCGCUUGUGCUUGUGCUGAAAUUGUCCUUUAUCUUAAAAAUCAACACCUAAUUUUAAAAAUAAGGUGUAUUGUAUAAAUAAAGUCAUAUCUUUUAAUUCUUUAAUUAAUUGUUUACGUUUUCAAUUUUGCCGCCUAUAAAAUGUUGCCACCCUAAGCCACGGUCUCGGGGUCUUACGCCUACAAGUCUAAAUCCGUGAAUAAUUCUUAAACCAAAUGAUUUUUUUUCUGCCUAAGCUGAUAGCCUUGAGGGGCUAUUUUAGCGUAACCUUAACUAGUAGGUGAGCUCACGGGGCUCAAACCUGACGACGUUCCUAACACGAACCCUAGCAAGAGCCGUGCUUCGUGCUUCGCAGAAUCUACCAUAGCAUCGGAAACGCGACCCACCGAGAAGAUCCGGCGAGAAACUCAGAUACAAAUGAAACGUAGAUACAUAGUAGUUGUUUUUUCUUAGGAAGUAUUUUUUUUUUAUCUCGUAAUUAAAGAUGCUCUCAUUAAAGGAAAAACAAAUAUAAACACUGCACAUACUUUAUUCUCUCAUUUAAAUUUAUUGGAUGGAAUGCAAACCGUUGCGGCUUUAUCCUAGACUUAGUAAAAUAAUAAAAACACAACAAAAUAAAUAUUUGGUUGAGCGGGUGUAUAGUGUACAGCAACCAGUAACUUUGAUUCCUACACGAAUGGAUAAGACAAUAGACACGUCAAUUCGAAUUGUCAAAAAAACGCAGCUUUCAAGAAAUCUGUUUUACAGAAGAUAUUGUGGAAUUCCAUUAACAUUAUUUUUUAUAAACAAUGGAUACUUAUGAAAGUGUUAUUUUAGUGAAGAACGAAGUAUUCGUUUUUAAAAUACCACCCAGAACAUCUAACAGAGGAUACAGGGCAGCAGAUUGGAACUUGCAAGAGCCACAAUGGACAGGUCGCAUGAGGUUGGUGUCAAAAGGGAACGAGUUGGUCAUGAAGUUAGAGGAUAAAACAAGUGGCGAAUUAUUUGCGAAGUGCCCAAUAGAUAAAUAUCCAGGAGUUGCACUGGAAGCUGUAACUGAUAGCUCACGAUAUUUUGUUGUGAAAAUACAAGAUGAUAAUGGUUGUGCUGCAUAUAUCGGUCUUGGAUUUGGUGAUAGAUCUGAUUCGUUUGAUCUAAAUGUUGCACUUCAAGACCAUUUCAAAUGGUUGAAAAAAGAACAAGAGAGCGAUCAAACACCACAGGGACAAUUGGAUCUUGGAUUUAAAGAUGGUGAAACAAUUAAAAUCAACAUGAAAAUUACUAAAAAAGAUGGGAGUGAGGGCAGCAGGUCACGCCGUGGUGUGCCAGGUGCUAGUGGUGGUGGUUUGUUGCCACCACCUCCAGGCGGUUCUAAGUUACCACCUCCACCAUCACCACAACAUGCUGCUUCACCAUCAUCAAUCCCACCUGCCAGCUCUAACACAGAGUGGGGUGAAUUUAAUUCAGCAAGUGCUCCAGAACCACAAGCAACAACCCCAGCCAAUCAACAAAAUUGGGUGCAGUUCUGAAUUGCUGAUGGCAUAAUAUUAUUGUGAUUUGGUGACAUCAUAGAUGCUGUGGUGUGUUUGCACAAUACUUAAAACUAUACUUAAUUAUGUAAGACUUAUCAGUAGCUUAAAAAUCUAUAUCUAGAUAUUAGUUGCAUAAGAUCAGAUUUGCAAAUAACAGAUAUGUGUCUUUGUCUUAAGUAUUCAACAAAAUAUUUUCAGUAUAGGAUCUAUUUAUUGAAAGAAAUUUGUUACUUAAACUGAUUAUGUCCUCCGCCCUGAGUUACUUUCCUGUGUGAGGGUUGUGACCAUUUUCUCCCAUUAUCCUUCUCUGGAUGAUGUUUCGCCAUCUUCUGUUCUCGGCGGUGUGUAUGGCAUCGUAGAUUGUGGUAUCCAGAGUGGUGCGGAUUUGGUCGGACCAGCGCAUUGGAUUGCGGCCAUGAAAUCUUUUGCCUGCAAACUGGUCAUGGAUGUUCCUGUAAAAUGUUAGAGAUUUUGCGAUUUGAAAAGCUGAAAAAUGGAUGUCAUGUUUCUUCUUAACCCCAUAUCUUAUUCUUCUAAUGUCAAGUUAUUGUUUCACUUAAUAUAAUUAUAGGGUAUGGUAUGUCAUAAAUUGACAUCAAUGUUUGAGAGUUAAAAAUUGUGAAUUAUUUAGGCCAGAUCACAAUAAGUAUACAAAUGCAAUAAUAUAAUGUAACUUAAUUAUGUUGUUUGUAUAUGUUGUAUUGCAUAUAUUUAUGAUUAGAUUAUUGAUCUUGUGAUUAUUAGUCUCAUUUAUCAAUGUUGUUACUGUUAUAAAAUGCAUGUGAUAGGUUAUGUAAAUAGAAGUCUUGUGAAUUUGCGAAUAGAAAAAUAUGUAAUCUGUUUGAAUUGUUUAAUUGUUGAACUGAAGAUCUGUAACACAGGUUACUCUAGAAAUGUACAAAUGAUAAUAAAAUUAUUGAGUAAGCAUAAUAUAAAA